CCUUUUUGUUGAAUGCGUUGUCAUGCUGUUGAUUGCACUAGGUAUCCGUAGUUGUAGUUAUUACUGUGGAAUGUUAUCUGUUAACAGGGAAGGAGAACAUGUCUGAAGAAACGAGUACGUCCUCUUCUGGUAUAACUGUUAAAGAUGUCCAAGAACUAGUUAAGAAAAAAGAAUUAAUUGAAACUCAGAUUAAAGCGUAUCACGACGUGUUAGACGAUCAGAAGAAUGUUGGAAUGGGUGGUCCUUUGGUUGAUAUUGAAGGCUAUCCACGUGCAGACAUUGAUCUGUAUCAAGUCCGUACAGCAAGACAUAAUAUCAUAUGUCUACAGAAUGAUCACAAAGACAUUAUGAAACAGAUUGAGGAAGCCUUGCACCAGCUGCAUGCUCAGGAACGAGAAAGACGUGCAAAAGGUGAAGUUGAGGCUGCAGCCGACAGAAUGGAGACAGAGCAAAGUAUAGAGCAGCCUUUUGCCAAAGUGGAUACUGUGACACCAGGUUCCCCUGCCAGUAUAUCAGGAGUUCAAGUUGGAGAUGAAAUAAUCGAAUUUGGAUCCGUAAAUUCACAGAACUUCCAGAACCUGCAAAAUAUUGCUGUAGUAGUCCAGCACAGUGAAGGAAAACCUCUGAGUAUAACUGUUCUUCGCAGUGGCCAGAAAGUACACUUAGGAAUUACACCUCAACGGUGGAGUGGAAGGGGUCUCCUAGGGUGCAACAUUGUUCCGCUGCAGAGAUGAAUGUUUCUAGAAAACAGAAAUUCAAGGAUAGGCAAAAUGCAUGCAAAUGCGUCCACAUUAGUCACAAGUAAAGAUGUGAACAUGCAGUGGUUUUGAUAUUGCAUCUGUUAUCUCUGAAAGAAAAGCAGUGCGGUUUGCAUUGUUUUGUGCUAUACAUAAGUUGAACUGUGAAUGUCAGACUCAUUUCUGCACUGCGACACCAACAUAUUGGUUUGAUGACGUUUGUAACCCUCUUUCACAAUGGGUGAUGGACUAAAAUUUGAUAAAAAGAAACAUGCACUUGAUUGUCGGUUUAAGUGAGGAAUCCUCAAAACUGUGGAUACUGCACCUUGAGAACUGUCAUAUGAGUAAAGAGUUUUCUGCUGUAGAUUAGUUUUGCAAUUUUUUUUUUAAUAAUUACAUUUUUUGGACUGCAUCUUCUUCUGGUUUAUUACUUCUUCCCUUUUCUACCAAUAAUUGUUUUAUGCUGUUUUUGGGUAAAUCACCUUUACAUUCAAGAUUUGUUCUAAAUUUUUGGAAUGAAAACGUUUGCAAAUAAGUAAAUAUAUUUGCAUAAAAACAACCUUGUAUGGACUUGAAUGAAUUAAACUGCUGUUUUCAUUA